AUGUCAAGUUUGAAGACGUUUAUUAAAGCCGUGCGCGCGUCGAAGACGACGGCGGAAGAAAACAGUGCAAUUCGUAAAGAAUCGGCACAGAUACGUAAAAACAUUCGCCAAGGAUCAGCGGAUACGCGAAUGCGGAGGAGAAAUGUUGCAAAGUUAUUGUAUUUGUAUUUGUUAGGAGAACCGACUCAUUUUGGACAAAUCGAAUGCUUAAAAUUGCUUUCAAGUGCCCAGUUUAUGGACAAACGAUUAGGAUACUUGGGUGCUAUGCUAUUGCUAGACGAAAAUCAAGAAGUUUUAACCUUGCUUACGAAUUCCCUUCAACAAGAUUUACAAUCACCCAACAAAUUCAUCGUUAGUCUUGCAUUGUCGGCUUUUGGCAACAUCGCCAGUCCUGAAUUGGCUCGUGAUCUUUCAAACAUUAUCUCCAAGCUUUGUGCCAGUUCACAUAAUUAUGUCAGCAAGAAAGCCCUUCUGUGUGCUUUACGUGUGGUACAAAAGGAACCAGAGUUGGCUGAACUGUAUCUUUUGGAUGCUGAAAAGCUUCUUCAUUCCAAAAGUCACGGUGUACUAAUGUCCGAUAUUUCACUUGUGAUGGGAUUAUGUAGAAUCCAUCCCGAUCUCAUUCCCCGUUUUGCUGAGCAUACUGAUGGCCUCAUUCACCGUCUCCGUCAACUUUCUUCCAAUACCUAUUCAUCUGAACUCAAUAUCGGCAAUGUUUCUGACCCCUUUUUGCAAAUAAAAAUACUCCAAAUAUUAUCCGUAUUCGCACAACACGAUGCUUCCGUCAAUGAUCGCAUCAGUGAUAUAUUGGCUCAAGUUUGCAGUAACACAGACUCUUCCCGAAACGCUGGAAAUGCAAUCCUCUAUCAAGCAGUCCGCACCAUCUUAGAUGUCGAUUCGGAUAGCAGCCUUCGUGUUUUGGGCGUUAACAUUCUCGCAAAAUUUUUAGGAAAUCGUGAUAACAACACCCGGUACGUCGCGCUCAAUAUGUUGAAGCGUGUCGUAAAUACAGAGGAAAACGCUGUUCAACGUCAUCGUUCUACUAUUCUUUCGUGCCUUUACGACGUUGACAUCUCUAUUCAAGCUCGCGCUUUAGAACUUUCUACUUUCCUUGUGAAUGAAACCAACGUCCGAUUUAUGGUUCGUGAACUUUUAACGUAUUUAGAUACCGUAUCAGAUGAUAUGCGCUCAAGAACUGCCCAGUAUAUCACCGAGGUUACAAAUGCUUUUGCCCCAAACAAAAGAUGGCAUUUUGAUACACUUUUACGUGUAUUUAAAAGUGCAGGUAAUUUCCUAUCCGAGACUGCUUUAUCAACAUUUCUUCGAUUGAUUGCUAGUGCUCCAGACCUCCACGAGUACGCUAUUUUCAAACUUUAUGCUGCAUUGAAAGAUGACAUUUCCCAAGAGGCCUUAAUCAUGGCCUCCUUGUGGGUCAUUGGUGAGUAUGGUCAAUAUUUAUUAUCUCCUUCCAUGAAUUUUGACGAUGAUACUUUGCCAAAAAGCAUAUCUGAAGACGAUAUUUUGGACCUAGUUGAGGAGGUAUUGAUAGGGACCAACUUCACGCAAGCUACUGUCAUUCAGUAUGGGCUAAAUACUUUGAUUAAACUUAGCACUCGUUUUCAGUCUUCUUCUUCAUUAUCCAAAAUACAAAGGCUAAUCGAGUUUUAUGGCAAGCAUAGAAACACUGAAGUCCAACAGCGCUCAGUUGAGUACCAACAUGUUAUUGAAGAUCCUUCCUUAGACAGAACUGUGAUGCAAUCCAUACCCGCACCUUCUCCGCCAGCACGAAUUACUCCUUACCAAAACGCUGAACAAAAACUGAACGCAUCUAAAAAACCGGUGAAAGAAACUGAAGAAACUAACGACCUCUUAGACCUUAUUGGUUUAGGAGGUGCUUCUCAGGCAGAAACCCUUAUCAAUGAAACUCCAUCUGCUAAUACCACUGCAGCUUACGAUCUUGCAAAUAUAACUUCGGUACCGAAAAAGAGUCAAGUUGAUGAUAUUUUAGGGCUAUUUAGCACGCCUGCACCUGCAGCAGAACCGGCAGCUAACACUUUAGCCAACAGCUUUGCCUCGUUGGACAUGAGUGGCUCUAAUCAUUCGCAGACAGCCUCUACUCCUCCUCAAAGUAAGCAAUACGAACCUCUCCUUGUAUAUGAUAAGCACGAUGUUACAUUGUCGUUGUAUCCUUCAAGAGACGAAGCUACAAAAACUGCUAUCAUAGAAGCAAGGUUCAAGAAUAAAAGCAUAGUAUCAAGAGUUGAAAAAGUGCAUCUUGAAAUAGCAGUCCCAAAAUCUCAAAAACUACGACUUCAACCUCUUCGAUCGACAAGUAUGGAUCCUGGGAUGGAAACUUCUCAGACUAUGCGAAUUCAAGGACCUAAAGAUACCCAGGUCAAGUUGAGGUUGCGGAUAUCCGUAACUAGAGAAGGCGAAGCUGGAAUUCUAGAUCAAAUUGACUAUGGCAAAUUACCUUCGGAUCUUUUAAGUUAG